UCAUCACCACACAGCACCGUUUCAUUUCCUCUGUUCUUCCAAUAAUUUGUUUUCUCUCUUUCUAUCACUCUGCCUUUCUCUCUUCAAAAACAUGUUACUCAAAGCAGCUCCGGCUUUCUCGCUCUUGAAUCCACACAAGGAGCUUCUGAAUCCUCUGUCCUCCUCUGUUUCUUCCUCUAGCCUUCAUUUGAACUCCAGUCUUCGGGCCAAAAAUGGAGCUGGCGUUAUCGUUUGUGCAUCAAAAGGCGCUAGCAACAGUCCGUUAACCGGUGUCGUUUUUGAGCCGUUUGAAGAGGUGAAGAAGGAACUCGAUUUGGUGCCAAGUGUACCUCAAGUUUCUCUUGCUAGACAAAAGUACCACGAGCACUGCGAGGCCGCAGUCAAUGAACAGAUCAAUGUGGAGUACAAUGUGUCGUAUGUGUACCACGCCAUGUUUGCUUAUUUUGAUCGUGACAACGUGGCACUCAGGGGCCUUGCUAAGUUUUUCAAGGAAUCGAGUAUUGAAGAACGAGAACACGCUGAGAAAUUUAUGGAAUAUCAGAACAAACGCGGUGGAAAAGUGAAGCUGGCGUCAAUAUUGAUGCCACUCACAGAGUUUGAUCAUGCAGAGAAGGGAGACGCUUUGUAUGCUAUGGAGCUUACAUUGUCCUUGGAGAAGCUAACAAAUGAGAAGCUCCUCAACUUGCACAAGGUAGCGAACCAACACCAUGAUGUGCAGCUGGCAGAUUUUGUUGAAAGCAAGUUUUUAUCCGAGCAGAUAGAAGCCAUAAAAAAGAUCUCAGAAUAUGUUGCUCAACUGAGAAGAGUGGGCAAGGGACACGGAGUUUGGCACUUCGAUCAAAUGCUCCUUGAGGAGGCAGAAGUUGUUGCUUGAUGAUGUAGACACCUCGCGUGUUACCUGGCUGCCAUUUUGGAGGAUUGUUCUAUGCGAGCUUUUCUAUUGCUAGUUCUCAGUUUAGAGAAGUUGGGCAUGCAGCUAGUGAGAAAACUUAUAUUGUUGAUAGAUGAAUGCAUGUGGGAUAUUUUCAGGCAUAUCUUAGUUAAAGUUUGGUGACAAACACAUUUUGAAUAAUUAGUUUUUCUCUAUAAGUAUUUGGGUGAUAUUUACAA